UCAGAACCCUACCAAGAGGACUUGGGCUCCGCUUUCCCCCGCCCUGCUCCUGAACCUGCAGCCCUUGCCUGCCCGCCUGUGCAGUGGAAGGAUGCACUCUGCUCACCCCCCUCCCCAUGCCCAGGAAGGGAAAUAUACAUGAACAAGUCACUAGGGGAGCCACAUAGAGAUUUCUGUUGACUUUCUGGACUAGGGCAAGGCAGCAGGACAGCCUUCAAAAAGUGGAAGCUAGAGCCCCAAGACAGAUGGGACCAGCCAUAGCUGCCCUCCCUGGGAGCCGUAGGCCUGGAGAGAGGGCGAAAGGGCAGCUGUCCAGACCAGCCUUCUUCAUCCUUAUCCGGCCAGGAGAUCGUCUCUUGGGGCAGUCUUUGGGCACUGAGGAAAGCCAGCUGAGGGAAAGAGGAUGUGGACUAUGUGGACCCUGGUGAGCUGGAUGGCCUUGGUGGCAGGGCUGGUGGCUGGAACACAGUGCCCAGAUGGUCAGCUCUGCCCAGAGGCCUGCUGCCUGGACCCAGGAGGAGCCAGCUACAGCUGCUGCAAUCCCGGUCCAGACAAAUGGCCCACAGCGCUGAGCAGGCGGCUGCGCGGGCCCUGCCAGGUGGAUGCUCACUGUUCUGCCGGCUACUCCUGCAUCCUCACUGUCUCGGGGACCUCCCGUUGCUGCCCGUUCCCAGAGGCCGUGGCAUGCGGGGACGGCCACCACUGCUGCCCACGGGGCUUCCACUGCAGUGCUGACGGGCGCUCCUGCUUCCGGAGACCAGAUACCAAGCUUUUGGGUGCCGUCCAGUGCCCUGAUAGCCAGUUCGAAUGCCCCAGCUCCUCCACAUGCUGCACUAUGCUUGAUGGCUCCUGGGGAUGCUGCCCCAUGCCCCAGGCUUCUUGCUGUGGAGACAAGGUGCACUGCUGCCCCCAUGGCACCUCCUGCGACCUGGUUCAGGGCCGCUGCCUCACACCCACCGGCACCCUCCCCCUGGCGAAGAAGGUCCCCGCACAGAGGAGAAAUGGGCCAGAGAUCAUGUGCCCCGACGGUCGCUCCCGAUGCCCUGAUGAUUCUACCUGCUGUGAACUGUCCAGUGGGAAGUAUGGCUGCUGCCCAAUGCCCAAUGCCAUCUGCUGUUCCGACCACCUGCACUGCUGCCCCCAGGACACCGUGUGCGACCUGAUCCAGAGUAAGUGCCUCUCCAAGGACAACGCUACGGACCUGCUCACCAAGCUGCCCGCACACACAGUGCAGGAGGUGAAGUGUGACAUGGAGGUCAGCUGCCCAGACGACUACACCUGCUGCCGCCUGCAGACGGGGGCCUGGGGCUGCUGCCCUUUUGUCCAGGCUGUGUGCUGUGAGGACCAUGUGCACUGCUGCCCGGAAGGGUAUCGGUGUAACACAGGAAAGGGGACCUGUGAACAGGGGCCCCGCCAGGUGCCCUGGAUGGAGCAGGCCCCAGCCCGCCUCAGCCUGUCAUCCCCCCGCGCCGUGGAGAGCGAUGUCCCCUGUGAUAAUGUCACCAGCUGUCCCUCUGAACAUACCUGCUGUCGACUCGUGACUGGGGCAUGGGGCUGCUGUCCUGCCCCAGAGGCUGUCUGCUGCUCAGACCACCAGCACUGCUGCCCCCACGGCUACAAGUGCACGGCCCGGGGGGAGUGUCAGAUGGGGGACAAGGUAGUGACCGGACUAAAGAAGGUGCCCACCCGCCAGGCCUCCCCGCCCCUCCCCAGAGACAUGGGCUGCGACCAGCACACCAGCUGCCCAGUGGGACAGACCUGCUGCCCCAGCCUGAGUGGGGGCUGGGCCUGCUGCCAGUUGCCCCACGCCGUGUGCUGCGAGGACCGUCAGCAUUGCUGCCCGGCCGGGUACACCUGCAAUGUGAAGGCCCGAUCCUGCGAGAAGGAUGGCGACGCGACCCAGCCCACCGCCCGCCUGGUGCGCGGUCCACACCUGGGGAACGUGGAGUGUGAGCCGCGUCGCUUCUGCCACGACAACCAGACCUGCUGCCAGGACAGUGCUGGGGGCUGGGCCUGCUGUCCCUAUCCCCAGGGCGUCUGCUGUCGGGAUCGGCACCACUGCUGCCCUGCUGGCUACCGCUGUGGGGCCGGGGGCAUCAAAUGUUUGCGCCGGGAGGCCUUGCGCUGGGACACCCCUUCGAGGGACACAGCCCCGAGACAGCUGCUGUGAGGAGGGACUGAGGACUGAAGAUACUCUGCAGCCUCGAGACCCUGACACCUGGCUCAGAGGGUGCCCACUGCUCAGGCCUCCCCAGUACCUCUGCCCCACCAGAUUCUCCUGGAUCGCUCCAUUCUGAGUCCCCCCACUACAGUGGAUGGUGGGGCCUCUAUCUAAGGCCUCCCUGUCAGAAGGGGGGCUGUGGCAAGAGCCACAUCACGAGCUGCCAUCACCCUCUCUCCCAGUUUCUGUGGACCUGUGGCCAGGUGCUCUUCCCUCUCCACAGGUGUGUGUGUGUGUGCGCGCUCCAGUAAAGUUUGUACACUUUCCUAACAGCGUCUGAUUUG